AUGGCGACUGACAAUGAGUUUGAAGAAGAUAUGGUUUAUGACUGUGGCGAAGAAGAAACCGAUGCGAUUUCGGACAUUUUAAAAGGUUUUUGAUUAUAUAUCUGUUUUAGAAACUAUUUUUAAUUGCUUUAGGAUAAAAAGAAUUUUUUUCGAACUGUAAAUAGAAAUUAAAAAUUUUUUUACACAUCCGGAAAAAUAUUCAUGGCAUAGCAUUUUUUUAUUAUUGAUUGUUUUUUUGGGUAUAAGAAAAAAACACGGAAAACAAUAAUUUUUGAAAAGUAAAUUGUGUAUAAGAAUUUUUUUAAUGGGUCCUAAAAAAAAUGGAGCAGUGUUGCAAAAAGCCAAAUUACUAAUCAUUGUUAGCAAUUUCCUCCUUGAAAACGAAUUUUUUUGAAAAAAAGUUCUACGAAGGUGUUUUUUUGUAACAAUUUAAUUUAAAUGUAAAUCAUUAGCGUCUUCAGAAUUGAAACCGCCGUCUCAUCCGGGAUCCGAGAACUGCAGUCAAGUGAGCUUUCCUGAAAUGUCCCAGGACAGUAAGACGAAAAUAUUGGUAAGAAGUAAAUUCAUUAUUUUAUUGUGGCUUUUUUUUCGACAGGGAAACUGAUAAUUGAGAAACUAAAGUUAUUUCAGAAUGGUACGUAUGCCUUACCUGGAACUUCAGAUGAGUUGGCUCGAAAGCUGGAAAAGAUGGCGGAUGGACCCAUGUGAGUUUUUAUUGUUAGAAAUGUCUAUUUGAGUUUUUAGAAGUCAAUUAAUUGAAAGGAAAGUUUUUGGCAAAGAGCACGUCUACGGAACUUUGAAAGAGGACUAUGAAGAGGUCGGUAUUUCUGUUUAUGCUGUAAUAUUUUGAAAAACUAGGUGUUUUACUUAUCAUUUUGUGUGUUAUUUUUCAGAUUAUCGAGAUGUGCUCUAGCAAAAAUUAGCAAAAAAUGUCGUUUAUGUUUUUUAUGAAUAAAAAAAGAUUAAAUUCAGGUAGCAAUAUUUCGUUUAUCGACUCCCUCGAAAAUGAUUCGCGCAAAAAUAUCGCGAAAAAAAGAUCAAUAUUUCUUCUUCAGUUAACUUUCCUGAUGUAAUUUUUUCAAUUUUGCUCAAAAAACUUUUCCGAAAAUCAAACUUGUGCGUUUUGAAUCCGGAACGGACUCCUCAGGAGUCGCUCGCCUGGUCACCUUGCAGACUGAGAGUUCAAAACUGUUCAUGCGCUCAAAAAUUUCUCCCGGGGUUCAAAUUCGGAAUUCCAGAAAAAAAGCGGGAUAAAUACGCGUUUUUUCAACGGGCCAACCGAAUUUUUCUAAAACAAUUUUUUUGAAAAUUAGAAAAUGCACAGUAAAAUGAACUUCUUUGUUAUAAUUCAACCCAAACGUCUUACAGAAAGCGUGAAAAUAACAUUGCUUACACGUUUUAUUUACAGAACUUCAUCAAUUUUUUCGAAAAAGAAUUGGCAAAAACAAGUUUCACCGAAAAGGGAUCGAACUUGCAUCAUGCGUUUCACAACGCAAGGUCGCUAUCACGUGCAAACUUUAAGAUGCAGUAACUCGACUAGAGCGCAAAAAGGCGCACUUUUUCUCAACUUAAUCGGAAUCAGGGUCCUAAAUUACCUAUAUACCGAGUUCCAUCGAUUUCUCAACUCGCCACCUUUUGCGCUCCCCGUGUUAGCCUUUACGGGAAAAAUAAAGUUGACUUCACCUCUUUGGUUUUUAAUUAGAGACUUCUUCUUAAUUUUUGCAAAUACUAGGCUAAAAACACUUUCAGACGGUUCCGCCAUCAAUACCAGUUCUCAGUCGCCAGUGCACGGCAGAGCCGAUCCCCACUAACGUCUUACCUCAGUACAACUCAAAUUUGUACCUUGAUUAUCCAGUCAUACUCGAGAGAAAAGCGGUUUUCAGUUACACGGGACAUUUCUCGAAAAGUGGGCUGAUGGGAAAAUGCCGACCUCAAGGCCUACAACGGCCGAAGCGAAGCAAAAAGCUGACAAUUGAGCGAACCGAAGAGGCUUUUGAGCCGAAUCUCGGCAAAAACGUCCAAGUUCUCAGCACUUCGCAUGCUCCUUUCGUUCAUCAUGGUAUUCUACGGAUUCUUUCAGUUUUGUUAUGACUUUUCAAGAUCGAUUCUUUGACCAGUCUGGGCCUCUGGAGCCACUAGAUCCCACAGUCAAUCAGGUACUUAUUGGUUCAUAUUCAAAGAAAUUUCGUAGUUUGACACUCUUCAUAAGCAUUCCGAGGAAACUAAUUUGUUUCGAUUUAAAUAAAAAAAUAAAAUUUAAUACGUACAUCAAAACUUGAAAAAUAAAUCGAGGCGCGCCAUUUGGAGAUCGCAAAAUGGUCUUUUUAGGCGCGAAAUCUGAAAUUCACCCACUCUUGAUUUUUGCUCACGUUCACUCUCGGACCUUGCUAACGCAAACCGGGCGCGAAUUGGACUGAGCAAUUCUAGGGAUCACUUAAGAGGGCUGACACUAUUAAAGUGGUCAUUCGAAAUGCCCCCGACACGUCUGAUUCGGUUCGCGUUACUCUACAAGGAGCGUGCACGGUGCGAGCACUGAUUUCGCACUUUUUUUGUUGCACGGUGCAUGUUGUCGUUUUGCACCUCGCAAUUUUGGGUCUUUUUUGUGCGGGUAUGGUGCAACACCGCACGGUGCUGAGACUCCGAAUCAGAAAAUUGGGUAUUCGAAAUCCUGUCAAUUCAGUCCAUUUCUCAAAGUUCUACAUGUUAUUUAUAUUUUUUUUCGUUUUAGUAAUGAUUUUUUUCGUUGGAAAAGUCGGAUUAUGGAGAAAGAAAAGGCCUAAAUUGAGUAGCAAAGCAUGUUUAGUUUUGUGGUUCAGAGUGUCAGCACCGUGCGGUGUUGCACCAUUACCGCACAAAAAAAGACCCAAAAUUGCGAGGUGCAAAACGACAACAUGCACCGUGCAGUGAAAAAGUGCAAAAUCAGUGCUCGCACCGUGCACGCUCCAUGUAGAGUACCAAGGUCCGAGCAUAAAAUUUUCUAAAUGAUUUUUAUUAAGUCUUGAAAGUACAGAAAAAGUAAAAGUGUAGAGAAAACUUUUUUCAAAGCGAUUUUUCAUCUUCCAAGUUAAAUACGUUCAAUUUUUUCAGUUUCAUAGCUCGUCAAUAUUCGAUGAAGCCUUCAGAAAAUAUUUUUUCGACAAGAAUCCGAGUUUUAAAAACGGCGAGAAAAUGUUGCAGAUGUUUCCCGUCGUCGACAUGAACUCGAAUAAUUUGUCCGAAUUCAACGAGAUCAAUCCGACGCUCUACGAUUUCCAGCCUCAGUGAAUAGACCUUCAAAAGCCGAUCGGAACGUCGUUUCAGGGAGGAAUUUUCGCCGCGAAACUGGCUCCAACUCAACAUUAACCAGCAAGACACAAAGAAAACUAACGAAUUCAUUUUUGUGAGUUUAUUUUUCGUUGUCAUGAUGAGAUUUUCUUUUUGGGUACAGAUUGUCUUGAAAAAAAGUACAGUUUAAAAAUUAUGGGAAGCAUCUGAAAAUUUUUCUGAAGAAAAGGUAGUAGGUAUUUGAAACUUCAGUAAGAUAAAUGAAGCUUUUUUUUUUCUUUUUCAAACUCUCUUUCAUCUUUUUCUUGUUGAUUAGUUUCUUAUCUGAUAUUUAUCCUAUCAUUUUUUGGAAAUUUUCUUCACCUCAUUCUUUUUUUCAUAUGAUUCCCUUUUUGUCAGUUUUCGCGGGGCCAAGUUCCCGAGGGCCUUCAUCCGGACUUGCCGACGUCGCUCUACUGCAAAGGGAGCAUCGAAAUACCGAUCGAUUUCACCUGGAAAACGGCCGAAAUCGCCGCGUUUUUGAGGAUAACGGUUGGUUUUCCAAAAGUGGAAAGAAACUAGAAAGCUGGAAUUCUUUUCCAAUCAAAAUAAUCCAGAUGCGAUAUCAAAACGACAAUACGACUUGUGUCGAAAGAUGUUUGGAGCACAAAAACGACGACGGUUUCCGAAGCUUCUUUCGGCCCAUUUCUAAGCUUUUUCUUUCAGAUUCCGUCCUCCGGGAACAUUUUCUACGCAGUCGACCCGGCGUCAGACAUUUGUCCAGAAACGACGGUUUUGUCCUGAUAGAUUCCUUAAGAAGCUACUUUUUUACAGGUUACGGUAUCGAGUUCGUUUUGCCCGCGGACACGGAAAUUUUGAAGGCGAAAAUCCUUUUUUCGUGUCUGACCUCGUGUCUCAAAAAACGUGGUCCAUCUGUCAUAAUCUUUACUCUUCACGAUCCCAAUCAGUGAGAUUUUUUUUCCAUUUUGAAGCGGAAAUUUUUUUCUCUUUGUUUCAAAUGUUUAUUUAAAUAUGUCAAAAUUUAAUAUUCUGAAGACGUCAUUUUUGAGUUUUAGUGUAACUUUUGGUACGUAUACAGUAUCCUUCAGGCCCCAAUCUUUUUUGGAAAGAUUCAACAUCCUUUUUCUAAAAGAAUAGGUGAAAAAAAGAUUCAAAGUUCCCGUGAAAUCUUACUAUUAGAGGUCAGAAAACUGCGAAUCAUCGAAAAAAUAUUAAAUUUGAGACUUUUUUGCAUCUGCUGUGGGAUAUUUUAAAGGCUGACAAUCUAGAAGAUCCAAUCCAAGGGAACCUAAUUUUUUUUUUCAUUUACUCAUUUUUUUGAAAAAUAUACUAUCUGCUAUUAGCUCCGCAAUAAUCACCGAAUCAAUACUUUUUAGAACUAAAUUUUUAGAGAAGUUUAGAAAAUAUAUUAUCUUAACGCCUCUAUAGUAUUUUUUUCUAGUUGAAGUUAUAUCAAAAAAAGAUUUCAAAAACCCCAUCUUCGCGCCCUUCUUUUCCCCUACGGACAUUCCACUCAAUUUCACGCAACUUUAGUGUUUCAAACAAGUUUUCUGUUUUUAUCAUUUUUGAUAUGUGCGUCGUUCACUGUUGGCUCAAGAUAACGUUCAAUUAGAGUCAAUUAGAGAAGAGAAAACGUUUAGAAGUUUUUCGUGAAUCUAGUGCUAAAGAGAGAUAUCAAGUCGGCAGUUCACCUUAAAUCCUCAACUAAAAAAAAGAAAACUAGAAAGAAGGUCAAUUCAUUUUUUGAGAUCAAGUUGGUCAAAAACGAAAACAGGUUUUUCUCGUUCUCCAACCGAAUACGAAAUUUCCAGCGUCGAAAUCUGCUCGACAUUCAUAGAGUUUGUGCGAGUUUGUCGGAACCCUGGUCGCGAUUUGAAGUCCUACAGCGAUAAAAAGUUUCGUCAAGGUCGGUCGCCUUCAUAAUUCCAAUAGUUUAUUCAUUUUUCCAGAAACGGACAUGAAAAUGAUUCCUCAGGGGGUUCGGAGAUCUCGUCAGGAAUCGGUGACGGCCAGCAAUUUCUGUGGGUUUUUGCAAAGUCUUCGUUUCAAAGUUGAUCAAACUACGUUCAUAGAACUGGAAAAAGCUCAAACUUUCAAGACAAAAAUUCGAUUAGGGUUAUCAUUGAUUAUUUCACGCAAUUAGUAAGAAUUGAAAUUUCGAAGAAACAAAGAACUCAUUUCGAAAUAAUAAAAUCUCUUUCAAAUUGAUCUUGCUGUUCUGAAUUUGAAAAAACAGAAUAAAAAGCCUUCGAUUUGGCGUGAUUCAUCGCCAAAUAAGCAUAACAUGAUUAUGGAAUUUCAGGGCUCUUUAUUUUUGUUAUAAAUUAGAUUAAAUUGAAAGAAAAUUAUUCGAAGCUUCUCGAAAUGUUGUUUUUAUAUGUUCGGACAGUUUUCUGUUCUUCGAUGACACGAUAGUCAUUUUUCACAGCAUUUUUUGAUUUCUAUACGCUCGUUCGCGCUUUUUUUACGAAAGAGAAAAGUAUAAAGCUCAUAAUGAUUUUCAAAAAAAUCUUUUUUCUGCGGACUACACCUAUUUUCAAUCAAAGUGGAAAUGGUGUUGUUUCCUUCUCAAAUUUUUUCGUUGAAAAGAUGGGCGACCUUUGCAAAUAGUGUGGUAUAGCUAGAAAGUAGCGUGAGGAACUGAGCUACACUUCAUUAUUUGAAAAAGCCGUAAGUAAUAAAUCUGAAGCAGUUGUUGUUCGGUUUCGUGUGUUAGAUAUAACUAGCAGGCGAGAAAGGCAGAGAAGAAAGUUUAAAAAUUUUGAAAAAAUCUCAGUCGCCGAAAUUAUUCUGGAGAUUUUCGUUUGUAGCCGAGGUGCAUCAAAAUCGGAAGCGACAGAUGUCGGACGCUUCUGAAUUUGUGGUGUUACCAAAAACGCCGCGAUUCGUCGAGACGAAGAAGAACGACCGACAGACGGAUCUUCUGCUGGGACGCGUCAAGACCAAUCCCGAGGCGGUCCACGAAUUCGUCGACGAGAACAUGGAUUCGAUGAGCCUGAUGCCGCAGACGAAGCGUCCGAGGCCUGGCAGCGAGGAAGUCUUCAUGAUGCCUGUGAGCGCUCUCCGCUCAGAAUCCUUCAUUUCACUCCCCUUUUUGCAGAUUUAUGGUCGAGAAAACGCGAUAAAGCUAUUUUCCUAUGCUUCUUCGAUGGCUCGUAGUCAACGAUACGAUGUUUUUUCUCUUUCUUUUACUGUCACGAUUUUUUUCCUUACAGAAAACUGUCAUGUUGAACCAAAUACGCGCACAUCCGAUUUGUCUGCAGAGUCAGGUCGACUUGAGCUCAUCGAUUUCUUUGUGAGAUUAUCGUUUUUACACUCAAAUUUAGCUUUGAAAUUUGUUUAAUUAGAAGAAUUUUCGCAGGUAUUUUUAUGGGAACCAUUAACAUUAACUUCAUGAUUUUUCUAAUUUUUUCUUCAUUUAGCAACGAUAUAUAUCUCAUGUGAAAGUUAAAACCUUUUGCUUUCGAGUCCUCGGAAGCCGUCUAGAAGCUUUUCAGCAACAUUCCAACACCUUCCCAGUAUUUGCCUGAGAUUCACUUUCCAUAUUAUACCUUCCUUUCAUCUGGUACAGCUUUGCUUAAGGUGGCUGGAAACGAUGAGAUUGGAAGAAUUCGAAGACGUUUUCCUUCAGAGGAACAUCCGACGGGUCAGCGACCUCGUGGACCAGUACCAUCCUGACGUUUUCCCACUCAAUCCGACUUAUUUCAUGAAUUUUUAUUUCAGUUUUUUGAAAGCUUGAAUUUUACGCCUGAAGCGGUAGCCAUCAUGAACGAGGCCUACUGCAACUGGUUCGUCGAUCAUCAGUGAGUCUUUUUUGAUUCCGAAAUUCCGAGAAAGUUCCACAUUUUAUCAUGUUGCCAUUAUUUUUCAGAGGAGAGCUGCUGAAACAGAGCAACCGCCAAGAAAAUUUCAGGUUCCGAGAAAACAAUGAUUUCAUGUGA